AUGGUGGCUAUUAAAAAUGAACUUCAAAAGUUCAAGGAAGAAGUCAUCCGCUCUGUCAUGGAAAUCCACAACAAAGAAAACGGGACAACAGUAAGGAGAGGGGGCAACGUCUCUAAUUCGAACAACCAACAGCCAGACGGUGAUGACGACCUCCCUCACCGUGACGCCAAUGCUGCAGAACGAGGAGCAGAUGCCAGGACAUUGAGUACGGCAAAUACGGCUUCGCCUGUUGGUGUGCAGCCCAACUCAGGAGGCGUUGAUAAAGGCAACAAUAUUCCACGACCGAUAAGCAGAGCUGUCUCUGAAGGCUCAAAUCACGAUAUUCCCACUCGGUCGAUCAAUAGUCACGCCAUUAACGUUCCAGUUACUGUGGUUGACUCUUCAUCCCUUCGCCUCAGAGAAGAGCAAAACCCCCCUCCCUCUGCGACUAGAGACGAACAAAUUACUGAGACCGGUGCGGAGCAUGGAGAGGAAGAUUCAAAUGAGGACCCAAUUCAACCUCCGGCAUCACUCAAAUGCAAGCGGCAAAAGACAGUCCCAUCGGAACACGUGAUAGAAACCAACCCUGGGACUGAGCUACUUUCUGUUUAUCCACCUCCUGCGUCUCCGUUGACCUCUUACUCCGACAUUGCUGUUGUAAUGUCAAAAUAUACCAAGCUGUGUCAAAAAAUUUGCAACCCGUUUGUUAUAAACGUCUCCGGUCUCUCUGUGACUUCGAAGGACUUAACAGCUAUUGCGGAACUCAGCCGUUCGCUCCCAGCAAGGGUUAUUGACAUACUGGUGAGGUUUGUUCGUACGACAUACAAGAGGGAAGUAAAUUCAAGAUCUGACAGAAACCCACUGUUUCUUGACACCAGAUAUGUUGCGUUGAUGUUGAAGCACUAUGAGAAGUUCGAGCGUUCAAAAUCACCAGAUUCGUACAAUUUUCCGAAAGAUCUACUGCAGUAUCUUGCUAGUGAUGACUCAACCACCGCUCCUUUCACGCAUUACUAUUUUUCGUAUGAUCUUGGCAACAAACAAUGGAUUGGUGUGUGUUUUGACUGUGCUGCGUGGAAGUUUACCGUCCUAGAUUCCAAUAUAACGGUCCUGUCUGAUUCUGAGAUGGCCAUAAAGCUACAACCCUUUACUCAGAUGAUACCCGCACUUCUGAAACGCAACGGAUGGCAACCGACAAAUGCUAGUGAAUUUUGGGUGGUGUUCGAUAGACCCACAGGGAUACAUCAAAACCAAAUCCACUCACACUCUGGCCUAACUGCAAUCUUGUUGAUGCAGUCACAUGGGAUGUUUGGGAUCGCCGGCUGCAAGUCUAUCACGCCUACCCAUCUGACGGGAGAAGCCAAGCGGAUUGUCGUGAUGGUGUAUGAAUUACACCAGAAGCUUUAG